GCAUGCGUUGUUGCAUUGGCCGUCGGCGCCAUCUUGGAAUUUGCACCACGUUUUUAUCAAAAUCGCCGAUCUUUAUAUAUUUUGUACCAAAGCCCGUUCGUAUAGUGUUGGGGAUACUUUUUGUGCACACAGAAUGCUUCUUCAAUGAAUCUUUUGGUUUUUUUGUACCUUUAAAAUGUCCAGUGCUGCCGGGACCUCUGGUGGACAGACACAGAAAUGCUACGGGAUCACAUCGCCGAUAUCUUUGGCAGGUCCCAAGCCCGGGGACAUAGCAUCAACAAAAGCUCUUGAAGAGUCUCUCAAACCUUAUGGAGUAUUUGAAACAGAAGAAGAGCUUCAGCACAGGAUGGUUGUCCUUGCAAAGCUUAAUACCUUGGUCAAACAGUGGAUCAUUGAUACCAGUUUAUCAAAGAACAUGCCAGAAUCUGUGGCCAACUCAGUAGGAGGAAAGAUCUUUACUUUUGGUUCAUACAGGCUGGGUGUGCAUACUAAAGGUGCUGAUAUUGAUACGCUUCUUGUUGCUCCUCGACAUAUUGACCGUUCUGACUUCUUUGGAACAUUCUAUGAGAUCCUCAAGAACAAUGAAGAUGUGAGAGAUUUGCAUGCAGUUGAAAAUGCAUUUGUUCCUGUCAUCAAGUUGGUAUUCUGCAAGAUAGAGAUGGAUUUGCUGUUUGCACGACUAGCUCUGCCUGAAGUGCCAGAUGACUUGAGUCUUUUAGAUGAGAGUUUACUUAAAAACUUGGAUCCAAAGUGUGUUAGAAGUUUGAAUGGUUGCCGUGUUACAGAUGAAAUUCUCCACUUGGUUCCCAACAUAGAAAACUUCCGUCUUACAUUAAGAGCAGUCAAACUGUGGGCAAAAAAUCGUGGGAUCUACUCCAAUGUGUUAGGUUUCCUCGGUGGUGUGUCAUGGGCUAUGUUAGUAGCUCGUACAUGUCAGUUGUAUCCAAAUGCAGUGGCAGCUACACUACUACAAAAGUUCUUCCUUGUAUUUUCAAAAUGGGAAUGGCCAAACCCAGUGUUGCUGAAAAACAUCACUCCACCAAGUGACAACAAAGUGGAAUUAAAUUUUCCAGUGUGGGAUCCAAGGGUAAAUACGCAAAUUAUAUGUGAAACUCUGCAUGCUCUUGGGUUGUCCUUGACCACCCAAUAG